AUGCCUGCAGCCAUGAUGAAUGAGAAAACUCAAACGAGUUCGGCUGCUGGUCAGCUUGCUCCUUCUUCGCACUCUCGCCCUUCCAUAUAUCAACCUAAAACUGCUCCCCCAAAACGCAGUGUCUCGUCUAAAAAUCAUUUCUCCAACCCUUCGGACCGUCCCCAACACCCAUCUAUUUCUCGUGUUAAGGGUCGACCAAACAUGUUCACACCACCCCGAAUGAAUUCUGAGUUGUCGUGGCUGAGAGAUCAGUCACCAGCUCACUCCGGGACCAGAACCCCUUCAUGUGAUACCCCAGAACCAAGCACGCCUACACUUGUUAAUCCCGCCUCCGUCCUCCUGCAGGAUCUUCUGAAGGAACAACGCGCACACCGAGGAUCCCGUGGAAAUAUUUCAGAGGAUUUAGAAGAUAGCACUCCCCGAACCCCCGACACCACUCGAAUGCAGGAGGAUACGGCAUCAGAAAAAACACGAAAAGUUAAUGACGCUCUGUCUGCGGGUCAGAGAAAACCAAAAGAAAUGGGAAUGCGCGAAAUGGAUCAGUAUGUCUCGAAAAUGAAUAAGCUUAAUUUCGAUCUGAAGCUUGAGGUCUUCCAUCGCACGCAGCAGAUGAAGAUCCUUGAGCAGAAGUUGGAACGAAUGGCAGAGAUGGAAGAGCAACUUGCUUACAUGGACGAACUGGAAGCGGAAGUGCAGGAUCUCCGGACCGCUGAGAGGGACAACCAGAUCCUACGUGAAUCCAAUGAACAACUUCGCUCCGACCUCGAUAAGCGAGACCUGGCCGUCACUGAGGCUGUCGAUCUGAUAUGUCAACUGGAAAGGAAAAUCGAUGUGCUAGAGAAUGGUGGUGGUCGAACAUCGAAGAUGUCCAUGUCACGGCCUCCGACUGCAGAUGGCUCUUCCGAAGCCUUGACGCCUAAAGCUCGGACUAUGGUCGACAUCCCCGAGAGGGUUUCUUCAAAGCGAAAUUCCAGAAAUUCGAGUGUCAUGAACGUGGCCCAGCGCCAGACGUCCUCAGAGCUACGGAAGCUCUCCAAAGCACCAUCCUUUUUGCGAGCGGACAACAAGAGCACCGCCACUUUACGAAGCCUUUACGAACCUGGAAGUAACGAAUCACGCACUGAGCUCACGAAGUCGGAAAGUUUCCACACCAUGACCGACAUCAAUGACCCAGAAUCACCUAGACUUAGCGUUCUGAGUGAAUGCAGUGAACUGAAUCCCUUCGACACCCCGACGCAAUGGGACGAUUUUGAUCGAAUCGAAAUCCCCCUCCGCAAAGCAUCAUCAACCACUGGCAGCUUGGACAGCUAUGUACCUCCGUGCGAGCGCGAGGAAAGCAAGGAAGAUCAAAUUGACCGAUGGAUCCAGUCGCGGGAAGAGAUGAACCAGACUACUAUCAUCACAAGACGCAGAAAUCGGGCAUCAUCUGAUGCAUCCAAGGCGGCUGUCAUUCCUAGUCUUGCAGCAGCAGACUUGUAUGCCAACAAGCCUCGUGGGCGUGGACGAUUGGAUGCAUCCCUUUUCGGAGGAAUGGCCCUUCCUCCCACUCCUGAUACUAUGAGCACAGCAUACGUUGUCGGCACAAACCGCUCGAAUGGUUCCAAUGCUUCAAACGGAAGCGUUGCAGCCCGGAAGAGCCACCGGAAAAUCGAACAGGAUCCGGAUCCAUUCUUUACGGGCAGACCAAUCAAUCGCCCACACUCUGCCGAGGAGAUCGCCAGCCGUCGAAGCUUCAACAGUGAGGUGACAGACAGUAUGCAGACCAACUACAGUGACAUCACCCGCCCCGGGGGGCCCAUCGCUGAGUCCCCUACCAUGUUGCCCUCAUUCAACACCGUCUCCUCCAAGGCCAGUGAGCUCCUUGGGCCUGGAAGCCCUAACAACCCGGCCAUCGAGGGCUUUGGAGACAUUCUGCGAGGAAAUGCCAAUAAAACAUCUACUACACCCACGAUCAACCGCGUCCGCAACCCACCGAACAAGGCCAUGACCCCAGAGCCAAAGUCCAAGUCUAAUUCUAAUGGUUGUGAUGCUUCACCACCGCUCACGCCUCAAGACUGGGUUGCUGCCGCGAAGCAAGGUCCCCGGUCCCGAAAAGAAACACCGCGUGCAGCCAGCCCUGACCAGACAGAGCUAUCCCCACGCAAUGGCAUGGUCCCAGCCACGUUCGAUGAUGACACCAGCAUUGUCUCAGUGUCCACUGAGGUCGAUUCCCCUGGCAUACCAACUCUGGACAUGACCACACUCGACAUUCUGGAACAGCCACUUGAACUACCCCAGGCAGACGCCCAACCCGAAGCCGACCCCGAGCCACGUCGACGCAUCAGCUUCCGACCCCCCUUCUUUAGUCGGUCAAGCAACCAGUCCCGCCAUCUCCAGGCUUCCCCAAUGAUUCCCAAUGACUUUGAUGAGGAUGACGAAGAUGGUGCCCCUUCCCCUAUCAUCCCCAAGAGCAGAACAAUGGGCGGCGGCUUCGGAAGACCCGCCUCACAACUCUACACAAACCCCAACGAACUGUAUUCCAGCCUCCAAAUCUGCAGCGAAGAACCAAGCACAGUCCGCAGAGGCCUCCCCCAUUCGCUUACAGAAUCAACAAUGGCCGACUAUAAUGGCUCCGCAACGAUCUCCGGCCGCCCCUCUACAUCCCACGGCGCAGAGCAUAAGCGUCGAAGCUCCCUAGGCAUUUUCGGAUGGAUGAAGGGUAAAAUCACGGACUCUGGAGCUGACAAGUCCGAGCCUCGCCCUCCCUCUCGUUUGGCCUUUGAAGCCGCCAAUGGGGUUAGAAUGAUAUCCCGUGCUGAGACGCCAGACUCCUUCGACGCCCCUGUUGUGAGACCUCAUUCGGAAAUGGCGAUUUAUGAUGACUUUGCCAGACGACCUCGGUAUAUGGGUCGUCGUGCGCGCAGGGGUUAG